UGGGAGGCCCUGAGCGCCGUGCCCGCCCCGAGGCCUCUCCCCCGCCCCUUCCCGUAACGGUCGGUCGGGCUCUCCGAGAGCCCUGUAAUCACCACACGUCUCGUCCGAUGUCCUUGUUUUAACAGAAGUGGAAACUGAGGCCCUCGAAAGUUGAGUAGUUUCCCCAAAGUCACAAAGCCUAGUUGGACCUAGACCCCGGAGGCCCCCCACCCUCUCCACCACCCGGAAGAGCCUUCCUUCCUUGGCUUCCUAUUCUGUACUCCUGGCUUCCCAGCAAGCAUCACAGUCCCGGACCACCCUUGACCAUCCUCAAUCAAAGCAUGCAUGCCAGGGAUACCCCUGGCUUACUAUUCUCAGCGCUGCCUCUUGUCUCCUCUGUCUUGAUGCUGCUGGUGACUAGCCUGUGGCUGCUGGGAGCCGGCCCCAGCCUCAUCCUGGUCCCGGAGCUGCUGCUGGAUCCCUGGCAGGUGCACCGGCUGCUGACCCACGCCUUAGGCCACGUGACCCUGCCAGGCCUGCUCCUGAGUCUGCUACUGCUGCCCACUCUGGGCUGGUGGCAGGAGCGCCACCUGGGUACCCUGCGCUUCCUACACGCCUCCACCCUGCUCUCCCUGGCCACCGGGCUGCUGGCAGUGCUGCUGGCAGGCCUUGGGGUGCCUAGUGUGGGUGGUGGCUGUGGAUACAUGCCAGUCCACCUGGCCAUGCUGGUAGGGCAGGGCCAGUGCCCUCAGUGGUUGUGGGGGGUGCUGCCACCUAGGCUGUUGCCCUGGCUGCUGCUUGCCUUGACCCCAUUGCUGUGCUCUGAGCCACCCUUCCUGCAGCUCCUCUGUGGCCUCCUUGCUGGCCUGGCCUGCAGAGAUAACACUGGGGUCUUCCGGUGGCUGGAGCUCUCAGAGUGGCGACUACAGAUGUUGCAGGAAGGCAUCUUGUGCCGGACCCUGGCCCGGUGCUGGCCGCUGAGGUUCCUUCCCACCCCAGGCAGCCUAGCUGAACUGCCCGUCACCCAUCCUGCUGGAGCGAGGUCUGCUGUCCCUACCCCCUGGUCCCACAGUAAACGUCCAACAGAGUUCUCACCAGACCUGGGGCCUGUGCAGCUGACCAGGGAGGGUUCCUCGGAGGUGGAUCUGGACUGGGCCAGGUCCAACUUUGCUCCAGGGACCCCACUGUGGAUGGCCCUGGAUGAGCAGAUGCUGCAGGAGGGGAUCCAGGCCUCGCUCCUGGAUGGGCCAGUCCCAGGGCCCCAGGGCCCACUGUGGCUGCCUAAGUCCUCUGUUUCUUCUCUGCGGCUGCAGCAGCUGGAGCGCAUGGGUUUCCCCACAGAGCAAGCCGUGGUGGCACUGGCAGCUGCAGGCCACGUGGAAGGUGCUGUGUCCCUCCUGGUUGGAGGACAGGUGGACACAGAGGCCUUGGUGACUGAAGGGAGGUGGGUACCUGCCCACCCGCAGGAUCCAGGGCACCCCUUAGCAGAGGGCAGGGGAACAGGCCCUGCCUGAGGGCAGACAGCCUGAGCCCCUGUUCUUUCUACCGAAGGCCAUACUGGGUACAGGCCCUCUCCCCACCCCCACCGGCGUGCUGUCUUGGUACUUGUUUAGAAUAAACGCCAUUUUUUUU